AUGUCAGACACGAUUCGUAGAAAACGUCUUCGAAAUCAAAAGCCCGCCAACGGCUCUACUGCGGCGACGACAGAAAUGUCACAUGGAAGACCUGCUGGCCCUGGAUCGUUGAAGUUGUUUGCAACUACUCAGCAGGAGGAAUCUCAACAACUGGCAACCGAAGCCGAUUACAAACUAAAAUUGGUGACAAAUGAAUCCGAGUCACUUACGAAGCCAAGUCUCGAAAGAACUCGUAAUCUACGGCCUACACCAAAAAGCGGUGCUCCAAACUAUCAAAUAAAACUGAAAUUAACUGGUCCAAGAUCUCCCAAGUCGACCAAUCGUACAAUCCAACCUCCCCGAACUCCGAGCAAAAAAUCCGCAGCGUCCCCUAGAGACGGCCGUCAUGUUCAAAAAAUAAAGAAAUCUCCCAGAAAGCAAAGAGCAAAAGCGUUUCCUCCGGCUCAGUUUGGAGCUAUUUUACCAUCAGCAUCAGCAUCCCCGUCAUCUUCGUCAUCUUUAUCAGCAUUAAACUCCACAAAUCCUUUAUCAGGUAAUACUGACUCGGAGCCAAACUUGAAUUCAAUAUCUGUAGCAGCACCUAAUGGCUCGUCCACCUCUCCGGAACCUGACAACGACGAUUUUUGUUCUGGAUGUGGUGGCCCAGGUACGUUUAUUUGUUGUGAAGGAUGUCCAAGGUCAUUUCAUUUUAUUUGCUGCGACCCUCCUUUACAUGAAGAAGAUCUCUCAGAUGACGCUUGGUUCUGCACCGAAUGUAAGGCACAGAGACACCCUCCACCAAAGCAUAGAGGUGGCUUUUUUGCCGCUUUACUUGACCAAGCGGUUGUUCGAAACCCAAGGUCCUUUUUAUUGCCCAAAAAGAUCCGUGAAACAUUUGUCGACGUGGCUACUACCCGUCUAGGCUCCUAUUCGGAUGGUUCUUCAAAAGUUGAUCAGUUUUCGAGAGCUAGUGAUAAAGGUAACAAUGCUUCAUCACAGGCGAGCCAGGAUGUCAAGUUCUGUUAUCGUUGCAAGGAAUCUGAUUUGCGAAAGCCAAUUAUAGCUUGUGAAUAUUGCCCACUGGUAUGGCAUCUCGAUUGUUUAGAUCCUCCUCUAGCAGCUCCCAAACUACUUGGAGUUCGUUGGAAGUGUCCGAAUCACACAGACGAUCUAUACAACCACCGUCGCAGGCUCAAGAAUCAACCACAAAUCGAAGUUGCCAUGGUACGGGGGUUCAAGAAUAAUGGUGAUGUCGAGAUCAUAAACGACCAAAAUGAAAACGAUCAAGAUUUUGUUCAACUCCCCACUCCACCUUAUUUCGACAACAUCUCUACAACCGAAGGUAUUGCGUCACUUCAGAAACCGGCAUUCAAAAUUGUUCAGAUCGAUAAUAUCACAUACAGAAUUCCAGAAAAUGGAGUAAUACUCGAUUUUAUUGAAACAGCUAAGAUAAAAAAGCUGAACGAGAUUGAGCAACUCAAGAAAGAGAAUGAGUCGAUACUGACACGUGUUGAUAAGUCCAAACGGGAAGUGUUGGGUGGCUUGAUUGCCCUGAAACAGUCGCCAAUAGAGCAGAAACUCUCCAAUUCGGCGAACCUUUCGAAUGAAGUUGAUUUUCGACAGCUAGUUGAAAUUGCUGAAGCUCAGCUCGGUUGCGACCAACACAUUACUGUUCCUCCUCUCGAAACAGAGACCCGUGAUCUCGUCUACAUUAAACAACUAAUUCAGUUGAAAGGAAGAGAUGCCAUGAUCAAGUUUCUAGAAUCGUAG